AACGGUUUUAAUCGGUGGAGCAGGCAUUCGCCUCAGCCACCUCUCCCUUCGUUCCUUUCUCAUUCAAGAUGGCGGGCGACGAGUCUGGUACAACGCUUGGUCAGCCUCAUCUGGCGAGACAAGACCUCAGUUCUCUGGAUGUGUCCACCUUGACGCCUCUCUCUCCAGAGAUCAUCAGCAGACAGGCCACCAUCAACAUCGGCACCAUCGGUCAUGUGGCCCACGGAAAGUCCACAGUAGUGAAGGCCAUCUCUGGUGUUCACACCGUCAGGUUUAAGAACGAGCUGGAGAGGAACAUCACCAUCAAACUAGGAUAUGCCAACGCUAAGGUCUAUAAGCUGGACGACCCCAGCUGUCCCAGGCCAGAGUGCUACAGGUCGUGUGGCAGCAGCACUCCGGAUGAGUUCCCCUCAGACAUCGCCGGCACCAAGGGCAACUUCAAACUGGUCAGACACGUGUCAUUCGUCGACUGUCCCGGUCACGACAUCUUGAUGGCAACCAUGUUGAACGGAGCCGCCGUGAUGGAUGCAGCCCUCCUGCUCAUCGCGGGUAACGAGUCGUGUCCUCAGCCCCAGACGUCCGAGCACCUGGCUGCCAUCGAGAUCAUGAAGCUGAAGCACAUCCUCAUCCUGCAGAACAAGAUCGACCUGGUGAAGGAGAGCCAGGCCAAAGAGCAGUACGAGCAGAUUCUCGCCUUCGUACAGGGCACAGUGGCCGAGGGCGCUCCCAUCAUUCCCAUCUCGGCACAGCUGAAGUACAACAUCGAGGUGGUUUGUGAGUACAUCGUCAAAAAGAUCCCAGUGCCCAUCAGAGACUUCAUCUCCGAGCCCAGACUCAUCGUCAUCAGAUCUUUUGACGUGAACAAACCCGGCUGUGAAGUUGAUGACUUGAAAGGAGGUGUGGCCGGAGGAAGUAUCCUGAAGGGCGUGCUCAAGGUGGGUCAAGAGAUCGAGGUGCGGCCAGGCAUCGUGUCCAAAGACCAGGAGGGAAAGCUCAUGUGCAAACCCAUCUUCUCCAAGAUCGUGUCUCUGUUUGCCGAGCACAACGACCUGCAGUACGCCGCGCCCGGAGGCCUCAUCGGUGUGGGCACCAAGAUCGACCCGACGCUGUGCCGGGCGGAUCGUAUGGUCGGUCAGGUGCUGGGCGCCGUCGGAGCGCUGCCAGAGAUCUUCACCGAGUUGGAGAUCUCCUACUUCCUGCUGAGGAGGCUGCUGGGAGUCCGCACAGAGGGAGACAAGAAGGCUGCCAAGGUCCAGAAGCUGUCUAAGAACGAGGUGCUGAUGGUGAACAUCGGCUCGUUGUCGACGGGCGGACGCGUCAGCGCCGUCAAGGCCGAUCUGGCCAAGAUCGUCCUCACCAACCCGGUGUGCACAGAGGUCGGAGAGAAGAUCGCUCUGAGUCGACGUGUGGAGAAACAUUGGCGGUAAGAAUCCACUGAACAG